UAUUUUUGCUUUCAAAACUGAAUAAAAAGUCUUUAUAAUGUAAAAUUCAAAACAAAAUAAAUUGUUUUUGCCAUGCACCGCUUGACUGCGCUAGUAACGCCUUAUUAGCUUUUAGCCGCCAGUCGAAAUUAGUGUAAAAUUUUCGUUCAACUUAACGAAGAAAAUUUUUCAGUCAUAUGACAUUUGCUUGAGUGGUGGUGGUCGAUAGAAGGAAAAAAGUGAUAAGUAGGAACUAAAAUUUCUGUAGUUUAAAAGAUUUCUUUCUAAUAAACCAUUAACGUAAACAAAGAUGACUGGUUCAGGUUUUAUGUUCAACAUUGAUGGUGGCUACUUGGAAGGCUUGUGUCGUGGUUUCAAGUGUGGAAUACUGAAACAAUCAGAUUAUUUGAAUCUGGUUCAAUGUGAAACUUUAGAAGAUUUAAAAUUACAUCUUCAAGGCACAGACUACGGUAGCUUUUUAGCUAACGAACCAUCGCCACUCUCUGUGUCUGUUAUUGAUGACAAGUUGCGUGAAAAACUCGUAAUUGAGUUCCAGCAUUUACGCAACCAUGCCGUUGAGCCAUUGUCAAGUUUUCUAGACUUCAUCACUUAUGGUUAUAUGAUUGAUAACAUAAUUUUGCUUAUCACUGGCACUUUGCACCAACGCCCAAUUUCGGAAUUAAUACCAAAAUGUCAUCCUCUUGGUAGUUUCGAACAAAUGGAGGCUAUACAUGUUGCAGCCACACCUGCUGAAUUGUAUAAUGCUGUGUUGGUAGAUACACCAUUGGCACCAUUUUUCGUUGAUUGCAUUUCUGAACAAGAUUUGGAUGAAAUGAAUAUUGAAAUUAUACGUAAUACAUUGUAUAAAGCUUAUUUGGAAGCUUUUUAUGAUUUUUGUAAAAAUAUGGGAGGUUCCACAGCUGAUGUUAUGUGUGAAAUCUUAGCCUUUGAGGCAGACCGUCGUGCAAUAAUUAUUACUAUUAAUUCAUUUGGUACUGAAUUGUCUAAAGAUGAUCGUGCAAAAUUAUAUCCACGUUGUGGUAAAAUGCAUCCAGAUGGUUUAGCUGCUCUAGCUCGUGCUGAUGAUUAUGAACAAGUUAAAACUGUAGCAGAAUACUAUGCAGAAUAUGCCGCUCUUUUUGAUGGUUCCGGCACUAAUCCUGGCGAUAAAACUCUUGAGGAUAAAUUCUUCGAACAUGAAGUUAAACUUAAUGUUUAUGCUUUCUUGCAACAGUUCCAUUUUGGUGUAUUCUACGCUUAUCUUAAACUAAAAGAACAAGAGUGUCGCAAUAUUGUUUGGAUUGCCGAGUGUGUGGCUCAAAAACAUCGCGCGAAAAUUGAUAAUUACAUACCAAUUUUUUAAAGGUUUUUUUUUGUGGCAAUUCAAAUAUUUUAAUGGUAUUAUAAAAAAACACACAACUAAUAUAAUGACGUAUUACAAAACUAUCAAACGUACAAUUGUUAUAUAGCAUAUGAGAUGAUGCAGUAAAUACUUUGUUAAAUAUAUUUUAAUUAUAUUUUUUGUUUGAAAAUUGAUUUCAAAAUGUACAUUUAAAUAUUUUAUUAUUUUAUCACUAAUUUCUGUCAUAUUUCUCACUCGCCGUGUGUGUUUCAAAUUCAAAAUUAUAUAUAUAUAUAUCAGAAAAUAAAAUUCUAUACAUUAAAGUAAACAUAUAAAUAGAAAAAUGUAUUAUAAUUAUAUAUCAGUCAAAUUGCGUGUAUAAAGAACUAAUUGAAGCUUACUGAAUGCCAAUAUAUUUAAAACAAAUUAAAUUCUAACAUUCCUUUUGAAAUAAAAAUAUUUAUUUCUGUAAGAAUUUUCCUGCGGAAAUAUUUUGCGAUUGGCUUUCUUGUUUAAUUAUUUUUAAUUUAAAUUGUAAAAAAAUAUAUAUACAUAUAUAAAACAUAAAUUGUUAUUUAAAAUAAAUUGU